UAUACAUAUAGCAAUGGGACUCAAAAAGCAGGAACAAUAAGCUUCCAGCUCUCUAUUUUCAAGAACAGACCAAAACAAUGGGUAUUUGCAGAGAUGGAAAGGCCCAAGUUUUGCAGCCUAAGAAAUUGGGAGGAAGGAGAGCUGUUCUCUUUGUCUAUGCCAUGGAAGCAAUGGAGAACAUGGCAUUCAUUGCCAGUGCAGUCAGUCUGGUGACUUAUUUCAGUGGUUACAUGAAUUUUGAUCUGACUAAAUCUGCUAACACUCUCACCAACUUUAUGGGGACUUCAUUUCUUUUGCCUAUAAUGGGAGGAUUCAUUUCUGAUACCUUUCUCUCAAGAUUCAAGACAUGCAUUAUCUUUGGGUUCAUAGAACUCAUUGGGUAUGCUCUUCUUACAGUGCAAGCCCACUUCGAUUUCAUGAGGCCGAAGAUGUGCCCCAUUUUAGGCAACAAUUCUCAGAGUAAUUGUGAAUCAGCUCAUGGUGGGCAAGCUGCAAUUCUCUUCUCUGGGCUUUAUUUGGUAGCUCUUGGGACCGGCGGCGUAAAAGCAGCAUUACCAGCUCUUGGGGCUGAUCAAUUUGAUAAGAGAGAUGAGAGAGAAGCGCCUGAUCUUUCGAGUUUCUUUAACUGGUUCUUGUUCAGUCUCACCAUUGGAGCUUCUUUUGGGGUGACCUUCGUGGUGUGGGUUAGUGUGAAUCAAGGUUGGGAAUGGGGGUUUGGGAUCUGCACUGUGGCCAUUUUGCUUGCGAUUUUCUCUCUCUACUUAGGCAGGUCGAAUUACAGGGUGUAUGUGCCGGUUGGGAGGAGCCCUGUGCUGCGAAUUUUGCAGGUGUUUGUGGCCACUGCUCGUAAUUGGAGACUCUCAGUGCCCAAAAAUUCAGGAGAAUUGUAUGAAUUGCAUGACAAGGAGGCUGGACCGCAAGGUGAAACCCUAAAAAGGACAGACCAGUUCAGGUUCUUAGACCGCGCGGCUAUCCCUAAAGACAGCAUCACACACACGACACACCCUUGGCACCUUUGCACAAUGACCCAAGUAGAGGAGACCAAGAUUCUCAUGCGCAUGCUCCCUAUUAUAGCCAGCACCAUCUUCAUGAACACUUGCCUGGCCCAACUGCAAACCUUCUCAAUUCAACAAGGAGUGACCAUGGAACCACACCUUGGCAAGUUCAAGGUCCCUGCCUCCUCCAUUCCUGUCAUACCUCUUAUCUUCAUGGCUAUCCUCGUCCCCAUUUAUGAAAAGGUCUUCGUCCCUGUGGCUCGCAAAAUGACAGGGAUCCCGACCGGUAUCAGUCAUUUGCAAAGGAUUGGGGUGGGCUUGGUUUUGUCCAUAAUCUCUAUGUCAAUUGCUGGGGUCAUAGAGACCAAGAGAAAAUCAGUUGCUAUAGAACAUAACAUGGUGGAUACCAACAAUAUCAUGAAUCCUUUGCCAAUGUCUGUGUUUUGGCUAGGGUUUCAGUAUGCCAUUUUUGGGGCAGCUGAUAUGUUUACAUUGGUGGGGCUGCUGGAGUUCUUCUACAGUGAGAGCUCAAUAGGGAUGAAGACUUUGGGGACUUCAAUAUCUUGGUGUUCUUUGGCAUUUGGGUACUACACUAGCACAGUGGUGGUGGAGGUGGUGAAUAAGGUGAGUGAUGGAUGGCUUGCUGGUAACAACUUGAAUAGGGAUCACUUGAGUUAUUUCUAUUGGCUGUUGGCUGGUUUGAGUGCGGUGAACUUUGGGAAUUACUUGUAUUGGGCCAAAUGGUACAAGUACAAGAGUGUGGUGAUCCCAAAAGAAGAUGAUAAGUAAGGAAUCGACGCAACUGGUCGCCCGAUCCUUUCAAAUAAUCGAGCACGAUCAUCUUAACCGCAUCAGGGAUGAGCUCAAGGAUAUAGGCAAUGAAUGUUCUAGUUGGGUUUUGGAUGUAGCAAUAUGUUUUGGGUUUGUAGAGUAUGCAAGAUGGAUUUUGAGCUGAAGAAAUAUAUGUUUUGGGUUUGUAUAGUAUGCAAGAUGGAUUUUGGGUGGAGGAAGGAAGAGCCCUCAACCAUCUUUUGUUGUUGUGGACG